AUCUCAAAAGUUGAAGGUUUGCUGAUGCCUCAAAUGAUUGCCUCCAUGGAUGAAGAUUCUAAAAUUACUCGACUAAUGGCUUGUCGUAUUGUUGGUGUCUUUUAUAAAGUCUGUGGCAGGCAAUUUGAUUCAGAUAAGCUCAUCAAAACUUACCCAGAGGUCUUAAAGCGGCUAGAUGAUACUUCAUCUGAUAUACGCCUGGCAGCUGCUCACACCUUAGCUAAUUGGUUUAAAUGCUUAAAGGACAAUGACGUGAAAUGUUACAUGCAGAAUAAUAUUCGGUAUCUGUACCAAGAACUCUUGGUACAUCUGGAUGACCAAGAUGAAGCUCUCCAAAAUGCAGUCCUAG